CAGUGCCGGCGGCCGGGCUGGCGCUGGCCCCGGUGCUCGCGGAGCCCGCGGGCGCUGCCACACGUGCGGCGGAGGCGCCGCUGCGGCCCCAUGGGCAGCCGGGCGGCGGGCGGCGAGCAGCCCCCAGAUGAUGGCCUGUCAGAAGCAGUUGGUGAGGAAUCGAGGCGGCUUACCAGAGAACAGCUUUAUACACUAGUUGCAGCAGCUUCUAUAAAUUUCAGUUCAAUGAUGUGCUACUCAAUCCUGGGACCCUUUUUCCCUUCAGAGGCAGAAAAAAAAGGUGCCAGUAACACAGUUGUUGGCCUGAUUUUUGGAUGUUUUGCUUUGGUCAAUUUCUUGACUUCUUUAAUAUUGGGAAAUUAUCUUUCACAAAUUGGAGCAAAAUUCAUGUUUGUGUCAGGGAUGUUUGUUUCAGGAUGUGUUACCAUUCUGUUUGGAAUACUUGACAAGGUGCCAAGUGGACCAAUGUUCAUCGGUUUCUGCUUUUUAGUAAGAGCAAUGGACGCAAUAAGCUUUGCAGCAGCAAUUACAGCAUCGUUCUCAAUCCUUGCAAAGGCAUUUCCCACUAAUAUAGCUACUGUCCUGGGCAGCCUUGAGAUUUUUUCAGGACUUGGACUGGUGCUGGGCCCACCUUUGGGUGGCUUUUUGUAUCAAUCAUUUGGUUACGAGGUCCCUUUCAUUGCGCUGGGAUGCAUAGUGCUGGCUCUGGUGCCUGUGAAUAUGUGCAUAUUGCCAAGAUAUGAUUCAACUCCUAGGAAGGAAUCAUUUUGGAAGCUCAUUCUUCUGCCAAAAGUCCUAAUACUCUGUCUCACUAUAUUUUCUCUAAGUGCAUGCUUGGGUUUUUUUGAUCCCACAAUAUCUCUAUUUAUCUUAAAGAAGUUCACGCUCCCAGCUGGUUAUGUGGGCUUGGUGUUCCUUGGUUUGGCACUCUCAUACUCGCUGUCUUCUCCCCUCCUUGGACUCGUAAGCGACAAACUGCCGUACAUCAGGAAGUGGCUGCUGAUAUUUGGAGACUUAAUGACAGCAGCGUGCCUUUUCAUGCUAGGACCUGCUCCUGUACUGCACAUUGAAAGUCAGCUGUGGAUGUUUGUGCUAGUGUUGGUUUUGAUUGGCUUUUCCCUUGGCAUGAGUGCUAUCCCAGUGUUUCCAGAGAUCCUGCAAUGUGCGUAUGAGAAUGGAUUUGAAGAAGGUCUGAGUCUUCUGGGACUGGUGUCUGGGCUCUUCAAUGCCAUGUGGUCCCUUGGGGCAUUUGUAGGUCCAAUUCUGGGAGGAUUUCUAAAUGAAGAACUAGGUUUUGAAUGGGCUGCAGCCAUCCAAGGAGGAUGGCCACUGUUAAGUGGUCUUGCAACUGGAAUAUUUUAUAUCAUUGAGGCAACAAGGAAAAGUUCCAGUUCCAGCCUGCAAAAUCCUCCUGGUGAUAAUGAAGAAAGGACUCGUCUAAUGGGCAAUGAAAUAUAGCCAGGCAUACUUUCAAUUCUCUGUUUGCUGUUGUGGUUUAACCUAGUAUUGAGGUGACUGGCCUUAACAGUGCUUCAUUAUUCUGGAGCUGGGACAUGAUCCCUUAGUGAACAACCAGUUGUGGUUUAAUUGUAGAGGCAUUACUGUUUUGAAACACUAAACACUGACUGCCUUUCUUUUGGAAGUUCUAAAUGAUGAGUAACACUCAGCUGUCAGCCUAUUUAAUUGUGUUCCAUGUACAGUGUACCACUGUAUGUGAAAAGAUGUGUUCUCACAUGUCUGGUUUCCACGCUUGUGUGUGCUGUAUUUGCUACCAUGAUUUUCUGUACUUUUUUAAAGGAAAUUCUUUAUCUUGUAAAAACAGAAUUUCAAAUUAUAAAGGACCAAGCACAAUAUUGUUUUCAAUAAAGCAACUUUUUCCCUAUGUUUUGUACAUUUUCUUAGACAACAAGAGUGUAAGAUACUUCUUGUCCACCAGCACUUGUGUUAUCUUGCAAGUGCCUGAAAAUGAGAUGCAAAAAUAAUGAAAAUUUGCCAUAUCUACACAACAAAAACUGGUCUUCAGUCCUGGGGGAGACGUGGCAUCUGGUGUAUACAUUUAUAUACAUACACAAAAGAUAAAUGCAUGUUUGUAUUAUAUAUGAAGACUCAGCUUGGUGAUUGUGAGAUUUAUUUUGCUAAUAAAUGCUAGCUAGAAUAUUUGUACUUAUUGCUUCUGCAACAGCAAAUCUCUAAGGACUCUAGGGCUACUGUGGAGAAGAAAACU